AUGUCUCGCAAAGAAAUUCGUAGACUUCGUAAACUUCAGAAUAAAAAAUUACAGUCAUACGAAGUGAUAAAAAAAAUCGAAAAAGCUACAUCUGAUGAACUAUUUUCAACUGAACCGACUCAAUAUCUCUGUUUAGUUAAUGUAUGCUUUGGCGGUGCUGCUGGAGUUUUAGGUGAACAACUAGAAAAGGUUUUUCGGGAAUUUGGGGGAUGGAAAGGAUGGAGAUUCGCAUAUGGCAAGCCAUAUUCUUUUGCAUUAUUUGAUUCAUCGUGCAAUGCCAUGAUAGCACGAAAUUCGCUUCAUGGGAAAAAAUCUGAGAUCCUUAACGACAAAAUACUUUAUAUUGAAUUUGUUAAUUUAUCGUGGAUCAAUUUCAUGAAACAAAUUUCAACAACUGCAACGAUAUCGUCAUCUUCGUCACAGAUAAUUCCUCCAUCAGAGAAAAUCCAAGGACUAAUAAUAAUGAAAGAGUUUAUUUCUUUUGAUUGCGAACAACGAAUUAUACAAGAAUUACAUUCGAACAAACAAAACUGGCAACAAGUUCAAGAUCGAAUGGUGCAACACUUUGGUUAUACGUUUACUUAUCCAAAUAAAGUUGAUCUUGAUAAUUCAUCAAACAAUAAAAAAGAAUUUCCCGAAUUUAUGAAUUUACCUCUCUCAAAACUCAAAAAACUCUUUCCAGAUAUACCAAAUAUGGAACAAAUGACUGCUCAAUUAUACCCAAUUGGUGCGGGAAUACCCCCUCACGUUGAUAGUCAUUUAUACUUUGGCGAUUUCAUUUUGUCACUUAGUUUGCAAAGUGCCGUUCUAAUGGAAUUUAAGGAAAUAAAAACGGGUAAUACUGUUCUACUUGAUCUUUCCCCGAGAUCUUUACUUAUUCUUAGCAAAGAAUCUCGUUAUGCUUGGACUCAUACUAUCCGAGCAAGAAAAUGUGAUUUACUUGACAAUGGACAGAUUAGAGAUAGAAAAGAAAGAAUUUCCUUAACAUUGAGGACGAAAAAGGAAAACAUUCACAAACUUUCUCUAAAAACCAUAAAGAAAUCUGCUCAAAUCUUUUCUAAUGUGGAAUCUCAAAAACAGGUCCAGCCUCCAUUAAUCAUAGUGAAAAACGAUUCGCACUCCCAGAAACAAGUUCAACAAGCUCGCUUAAAUUUAUCUUUGAGUAAGAUCUCUUUAAAAGAUAGCUCAGCAGAUAAAAAAGAUACUUCACAAGUUAAUGUUCGUCCUAAAAAUGACUCGCGCAUUCAUCUAGACCAAGAUCGUUUAUCAGACAAAUCUGAUAAACAAGAUUCUUCACAAGUUAACGUUCGUCUUAAAAAAAGUUCUCCUUCUAACCAAAUACCAUACUGGGUUAAUCUUCCCAAGGAUGAUCUGUAUUUGCAAAAAAAUUCACGUUUACAUAGUAAACCUGAAUCCAAAAACAGUUGUGAUAGCUUAACAGAAAAUUUGGACAAAACUGCCUUAGAUCUUGACGAAACCGUUACGAUUAAAGUCGAGCUUCAAAUCGGGGAUUUUGUUGAAGUAAGAAAAUAUGGAAAAGUUUUUGUAGGUAUACUUAUCAAACUUCGUGAUCGCGAAGAUGGAAUUGACAAGAACACCACUUUAUUACCCAAUGGACGUGAACUACUUCAUCGAGAAGACGACGUAUCUUUUCGAAUCCCCACUUAUGCAUAUUCGAAGAUUAAUCCUUCAGCACUUGUUCCAAACUCGGUUAUUCCUCAAACAUAUGGAAGAGUUGCCUCAAAUUUUCUUCAAGCGAGUACAACAUUAAUACAACAAAAGAAUCCGGAAUUUCGAAAAGUUUAUUCUCAUUUUUCAUCACCUGAUGAUGCUGAACAUUCUUUAAUUACCGUAGAGGAUGUUGCCCGUUUUGUAUUUAAAACAGAACAGCCACAAACUUUACAAUUAUUUGCGGCGCAUAGUUUUUUAUUAAAUGAUGGAAUUCAUUUUGUGACUGAUCCCGCAUCAGUGAGAAUUGGAAAAAUUCUAUUACGCCCAAAAUCUGAUGUCCAGGCAAUUGAAACAGUGCUUUCUUCAAUUCGAUUAAAAGAUUCGGCAUUCAACAAUUUUCUAGCAAAAGCAAGGUCAAUUAUUCAGCAAAAACGAGUAGCGUCAGAGAACCAUUCAGUGUCUGUUCCUUCAAUAACACAAUCCAAAAUUCUACCCGCAUUCUCUUCAAUAGAUAAAUUGUUUAUAAGAUUUAUUCGUACAUUUAUAUUUUCGAAAGAAACUAUAUCACAAAUGUCGUUUGACGCUCCUGUAUCUGCGAUUCUGAAACCUCUCAAACUAUACGAAGGAUUAUUAGACCGCGAUUGUGCUAUUCAAUUCAUGAUUGAUAUUGGUAUGUGGGCACCAUGGGAAAAUUUAUCUGUAUAUGAAACAUCUAUGGAAUUAAACGGACAUGGCAUGUCCAAGGCAAGAGAUGAAGCAAUUAAACAUUCAUUGAAUUUAGCCAAGAAUCUGAUCAAUACUCGAUCACCAUUUCGGUCUAAUUAUGAUAAAAGCAAAGAUUCACCGUUAUUGAUUAAAUCUCUGCCAAAUCUCGGAGCAGAAGAAUUCUAUCCACGAGAUAUUUGUGAAGAGAUUCGUUAUGAUUUUGGUGAUGCACAGGUUUAUACUAUUGAUGAUAUUAAAGCACAUGAAAUCGAUGAUGGUGUUUCUAUAGAACGAAUUAAUCCUCAUGAAUCAAAUUCUAGCGGAUUUUGGGUGCAUGUUCAUAUUGCUGAUCCCUCGGCCUAUAUUCAUCCAGAUCAUCAAUUUGCUAAAGAUGCAAGCCGUCGUGUUCAAACUGUUUAUUUCCCAGAGAGAGUUUACCCAAUGAUUCCUGCUAUAUUAAGUGAGAAAAGAUUUAGUUUAGGAGUUAAUGCAGAAAGAAGUGACAAUUCGGUUAUGUCUUUUAGUAUAAAAUUGAGUAAUGACGGUCAAAUUUUGGAUUACAAAGUUCGACCAGGGAUAAUUCGACGAAUUCAGAAAUUGAAUUAUGAUGCUGUUGAUACAAUUCUAUCAUGGGAUAACAUCCCUGGCGGCAAAGAAGAAGCAAUGUCACUUAGAAAAAAUUUCUAUUUUCAUCCAAGACCGAUCAGCUUAUGCGAAGAUAUUAAAAGUAACAAUGAUAAUACAAAGAGAAUAUUAAAAAAUUCUCAAAAAGAUCUUUUAGAUUUGCAAAAGCUUACUUUGAUACACAUGAGAAAUCGUAUAAAAAAUGGGGGGUUUAAUUUCUCUCUGCCAUCUUGUAAUGUUAGUGUAUCACCGAGUCCUUUGCCUAUCACCACACCAAAUCCCAAUUCCCCUUCAGAGUUCUCCGGACUUCCUAUAAUCGAGACGAGUCUUGAUAGAUUUUCGCAUUCUCCUUCGCGUUUGAUGGUGGCAGAACUCAUGAUAAUGGCUGGUCGCGUCGCAUCUCGAUAUUGUGCAGAGCAUAAAGUUCCGAUCAUAUUUAGAAAUCAACAAAUUCCGAACUCUAUUAAGGUGGAAAAACUUUUAUCACAAAUAGAUUUAAAUACUGGUUGUUUGCCUCCUGUUACAGCAUUGAAGGCUCGAUCCAUAAUGUCAUCUGCUGAAAUUAGUACUAGACCGGGUCAUCAUUGGGUUAUGGGUAUCCUCGAUGGUUAUUCUAAAGUCACUUCCCCUUUACGCCGUUACAGCGAUCUUGUUGCUCAUUGGCAAAUUAAGGCAUCACUAUUGGAUAUGAAACCUCCUUUUUCAACAGAACAGAUUUCUCAAAUGUUGCCACAUAUUCAAUAUCGAGAAAGAGAAUCGAAAAAAGUUGAUAUGCGGAGUACGAAGUUUUGGGUGUGUAUGCUAAUAAAGCGUUUAAGUGAAUCUAAUAAUCUACCUGAAUUGUCAUGUAUAUCUCUUGAAGAUAUCAAUGGUGAAAAAACAGCAUAUGGAGCUUUAGUAAGAGAAUUUGGUAUUAAUGCUAAACUCAAAACAUCUUAUAAUGCCAAAAUCGGAGAUAUUUUGAAAGUCCAUUUGGCUGGUGUCUUUCCUUUUCAACCUUCGUUAGAAUUGAUACAUUAA